GCUCGCAUGACAAGACAAUUGUGUAAUUCUACAAAACUAAAGUUCAAGGUAAACUAGUAGCAGUACGUAGCAUUUGAGCAUUUGUCACUACAACUGGUGGAUGUUGUGUUCUGCCCAGAAGGUGUCUGUUUAAAGCCAGAGCUAUCAGCAAAAAUGGGAGAGUGGGGAUUCCUGUCAUCACUGCUGGACAAAGUGCAGUCACACUUCACGGUCAUUGGAAAGGUUUGGAUGACCGUCCUGUUUAUCUUCAGGAUCAUGGUCCUCGGAGCAGGGGCGGAGAAGGUGUGGGGCGAUGAGCAGUCCAAUAUGAUUUGCAAUACCAAACAGCCCGGCUGUAAGAACGUGUGUUACGACCACGCCUUCCCCAUCUCCCACAUCCGCUUCUGGGUCCUUCAGAUCAUCUUCGUCUCCACCCCAACGUUGGUGUACCUGGGACAUGUUAUGCACGUCAUCCACAAGGAGAACAAACUGAGGCAAUGGCUGAGUCAGGCAGGCAAUGAGAUGGGGAAAAUGCCUAAGUAUUCUGAUGAGAAGGGUCAUGUCAAAAUCAAAGGUGAAUUGCUGGCUAGUUACACAGCCAAUAUAUUCUUCAGGAUUCUGCUUGAGAUAGCAUUUAUAGUGGGUCAGUAUUACUUAUAUGGGUUUAUUCUGGACCCCAAGAUUGAAUGCAGCAGAGCUCCCUGUCCGUUCACUGUAGAAUGCUUCAUGUCACGACCAACAGAGAAGACCAUCUUCAUCAUCUUCAUGCUGGUGGUGGCGUGUGUUUCUCUGCUGCUGAAUGUGGUGGAGAUAUUAUAUCUGAUCUGCUCUAAGUGUGGCUCUGGCUCAAGAAGACGAGCCCAAGAAGUCCCAGCCAUCGCAAUGCACAGCUGUCUGGAUGGAGGCAGCACUGCCUGAAAUCAUUGAUCACCACUCAACUAUUCAGUGGCAGAGAAAGGAUGACACGUGUAACAGGACCGAAACUUUGAGCUUUGAUUUAUUGUCCUCUGGUAAACCAAGCCAACAUGUUGUAUUUGUUCAUGGUGUGCACUAGAAGGAAAUCAAAUGCAAUGCAGCUUAAUUUUCAGGAGUCUUGUCGCUCCUCAGUGAGAUGGUCAUCGAAUUGGCUUUUUGUGAUCAUGUAUGAAUCUUAAUAUAAUGCGAUUCAUCAUACAUUGUUUGGGUUAUUGAAACCACACUGACCUAAAGUGACCAAAACAAAAUCCAGAAAAUAUUUGUGGCUUUCAAUAUUUGUAAAUAUGUCAGUUUGAUUUUUGUAUUUAUUUUAUGUGGUUGUAAAUAAAAUGUAAA